AUGGAUUGGUUCAGGAAAAAGAACGACGAGGACUCGUUGGAGCUUCGAAAGUCCCAGGCGGCGAACGCAAAAGUGAAGCUAACAGAUAUGCUGUACAAUGGCGGCAAGCUUCAACCUGAUGAGACUGUCUUUUCCAGCGAGGGAGAAAAGAAAGCAGGAGAGUUCAGCGCGGAGCUCAAUCGCCAACUCAAAGAGAAGGAGGAGCGGAUUUUGCGAAAUAAGCGAAUCAGAAGCAGGGAAGAGCCGCUGAAAGAGAACAUCGAUGCCCGUCCAAAGCUCGAGGUAGAGAAGGUCGAAUUGCAGGAGCUUAGGCGCCGAGUGAGCAAGCUAGAAGGGUUGUUAGAGGACGAGCGGCUCCGUCGGGGGCUUCUGGAACGCAAGCUAGGGGAGGAAAGAAGAGAGCUGGAGGUACAAAGAGACGAGCUUGAAAGACGCAAGCAGGAUUUCAGUGCACACGAACAGCAGCAGGAGUCGCGCAUCGAGAGGCUCCAACGCAGAUACGAGGAGAUAAUACAAGAAAGCGAGUCCUGGAAAACCGAGAAGAAAAAGCUGGAAGCGAAACUCGACGCGAAAAACAGAGAAUACAGACAGCUGGAGCAGAAAUUAAGAGACCAGCGGGUUUUGCAGCGCAAGACAGAAAAGCUGGAAGCCGUGAUUGAACAGCAGGAAAUGGAGAUCAAAAGGUUGAAAGGUAUGCUCAGAACCAAAGACGACGAGUGCGAGGACUUGCUGGUGAAAAACAGACAGCUGACGAGGAAAGUCCACAACUUGCAGAGCAACAAUCCGCCUGCGAGAAAAGAGGAACCAGUAUUGGAAGCGACUUUAGACACAGAGCUGCUACACAAGCUUUCCUUGAGCGAGAUAAUCAGGGAUGCAGGGAAACAGCGCCAGCCGUCCGAGGUCAAGGAAACGGACCACGGCCUUUCUGAGAGCCCUUCAUUAUGGGCUCGGUCACCAUCUACAACAACCCUGUUCCACUCCAAGCCAGCGGAAAACACGGACUAUCUGCUAAACUUGUAA